AUGGACCGGUCGUUGCAGCUCAAUACGCAGGCGCAGCCAAGCCACAACCGCCGCUACUCAUUUACAGAGACGCCAUUAGAUAAAAGCCCUUCGCCAGAGCAUCAAUACCAGUUUUCGUCACCAACCUCGUCAAUUGCGACGCCGAACAUGAAUGCGAGCCCAGCGUCGCACCACCAUCCAGUCGAGUUCCGCAGGGAGACAUGGUCGCAGUCGCCUCAAAACCAGUAUAUAUCUAAUGAGAAAGAGCGACAUCUACAGGAGGAAGGACUUAUACCAACAUACUCUAAAUAUCCGCCCCCGGAGCAGCAUCCUGCUCUCUAUGCCCCCAUUGAUGAUGCCAUUGAACAAAGACACCCCACCUCACAGGCGGAGCCCCUCCAGCCACAGCCCCCAAACUCCCCCGGACCCAUACCCCUCAAGAUAAACCCAGAUGUGCCCAAUCGAAGCGAUACUAUAACGGUCGCUCCAGACAGCAAUCCAUUACAGUCACCUAAAAUCCCUUAUUUUCCACCUCCUGCGGCCGUCAGGUCAUUUCAGGCGCCAACUUUCGAAGAUCUGGAAACUUUCCACCAGCCCGGCCAAAUUUCGCACCCCAACCAAGAUGUCCAGGGAGGUGCAUGGAAUCAUGGACUAUGCGAUUUUUCGAACCUUGGGACUUGCUGUCUCGGGUUAGCUUGUCCCUGUAUUCUUUAUGGAAAGACACAAUAUCGACUGGGGAUGAAGUCGAAGAAAGACGACCCGACAAAUAUGCUCGGAUAUAAGGUCUGCAACGGCGCCUGCACAGGAAUGGCGUUGCUAUGCGGAUGUCAAUGGCAUACGGAAUCGAUGGCGGGGUUGGGUCAGACUGUGUGA